UGACGAGCAAACCAACAUCCUCUCUUCAAGUCUCUUGUGUCUUGAGACAUUUAAGUCUGUAUCGCGAUCCCUGCGUAACCCUAGUGGCAUCGAGGAGAAGGGGGGGACGGGCUUUUUUUUAAUGCACCCAAAGCGGCAGCCAACGAUGCUCUUCACAUUCUAAUCCUGUCAAUUCGGUUCGGUAACAAGAUUUUCUCCCACACGACUACGUACUCUCCUAGAGAUGGACGAGGAGUCCCCUCUCCCUGGAACAAUUCACUUCUUCCCCAGUGCCGAUGGUGGUGAGGGGGUGACUUUAAUCCCUCCCCCGACCAACUCCCCAGAUGAUCCCCUGAACUGGAGCACCAGUCGACGGUAUUGGCAUGCCUUUCUCAUCCUGUUCAUUGUGGCCUUCACCGCGGCGACUUCCAACGAUGCAGGAACGGCCGGCAAUGGGAUGAACGUGGAGCUGGGGAUUUCGUGGGAUGCCAUCAACAUCGCCGCCGGGGUGUUGUUUGUGGGAAUCGGGUAUUGCACUUUGCUGCUGAGCCCCGCCCCGUUCCUCUACGGACGACGGAUCUCCUACCUGCUCUGCCUGCUGUUUUCGCUGAUUGGUUCGAUCUGGAUGGCCCGGAUCCAGACCACGCAAGACAACAUCUGGAACCAACUGUUCGUCGGGGCGUCCGAGUCCUGUGCUGAAGCUCUCGCCCAACUGUCCCUCUCCGACCUGUUCUACCAGCACCGACGCGGCCUCGUGCUCGGAUUAUACGUUCUCGCCACGAGUAUCGGGACGUUUACGGGGCCGCUGGUGGCGGGAUUCAUCACCGAUAGCGCCGUCCUGGGGUGGAGAUGGGUGGGUUGGCUCGCCGUGAUCUGCUCGGGAGCGCUCCUCGGUGUCUUUUAUUUCGGACUGGAGGAGACAUCCUUUGAUCGCAAGAGCGUUAUCCAGGGACUGAACAAUGCGCCCCUGGCAGCGACAACAACAACAACAACAACAACAACAACAAACGACGCGCGGUUAGACGGAGAAAAGAUCAAAGACCUAGCAGAGGAGGCACAACCCGCAUCCCCGGUGUCGUCCAGCGUGGACGACGAGGAGAGUCGCCAACGGAAAGGCAAGAGUUAUUUCCAGCGCAUCGCUCUCAUUACCCCCUCUCCUACCUUGGUCGGGACCGGGUUCAAACAAUACGUGCGUCGUCUCUGGCACACGCUGCGGGUCUUUACGUUCCCGCCCGUGCUUUACUCGGGUCUGCAAUGGGGCGCGCAAGACGCCUGGCUGACCUUCUACCUGACGGUGGAGGAUGAUAACUGGUACAGCCCGCCUUGGAACUACAGCGACGCCGCCGUGGGGAUUAUGACGGUUCCGACGCUGAUCGGCUCCUGCAUCGGCUGUAUCUACGGCGGCUGGUUUUCCGAUUACUUUGUGGAGUGGAUGGCGCGGCGCAAUCAUGGCGUCGUGGAAGCCGAGCAACGACUCUGGCUGAUGCUCCCGGUCGCGUUGAUCGGUCCAGCUGGCUUGAUGCUCUUUGGCAUUGGCACCGACAGGGGCUGGAACUGGCCGCUGCCUUACCUGGGACUGGGUUUCGUGGGCUUUGGUUGGGGCUGUGCCGGCGAUCUCAGCAUGGCCUACCUGAUGGAUGCAUAUCCGGAUAUGGUUCUGGAGGGCAUGGUCGGUGUCUCCGUCAUCAACAACACCAUCGGGUGUAUUUUCACCUUCUCCGCCCAGUACUGGCUGGAAGCCCAGAGUCUGUCCAUGCUGUUUGUGACCAUCGGCAUUCUGAGCUUCAUCUUCAUCAUGACUACGGCUCCUAUGAUUUACUGGGGCAAGGCCUGCCGGAAAAUGACUCGCCGGCGCUAUGAGAAUUUUCUGCAGAUUCGCGAUGGUCGUCUUUAG